AAGGACGGCAUGUCGGAAAAUUCCCCGUUUUACAUUACCAAACCGAACCGUUCAAGAUUUGGUUUCGGUUUACAUGUAUUAACUGUUUGUAAAAUGUAUUCGAUACUCGGUUCAGUUAGGUUUCGAACAAUAAACCGAUCGGUUUGGACAAAUUAAAAUCCCUAGAUUACUUCAAAUUCUUCUCUCCUCUCUCUCAUUCUUUUGCUUGAGCCACAGAUCCGUUUCUCCUCCACUUUCUCUCGAUUUGUCUUCUUCACUCAGUUUCUCGCUUGUCCUUUGAAAGAUCGACACUUUCCGGCGUCCUUUGUCUUCGCACUAUUGAAGUCGUCUUUUUCUUCGUUCUUGGUGUGAACCGAAACUAAACUUUUAUCUUUUUGCUCUACACGAUGAACGAUCUUCUUAAGGGUUCGUUUGAGCUUCCCCGAGGUCAAUCUUCUAGAGAAGGGGAUGUUGAACUAGGGGAACAACAAGGUGGAGAUCAAGGAUUAGAAGAUUUCUUCAAAAAGGUUCAAGUCAUUGACAAACAGUAUGAUAAGCUAGAUAAGCUUCUAAAGAAACUUCAGGCUUCCCAUGAGGAGUCAAAAGCUGUGACCAAAGCUCCUGCCAUGAAGGCGAUAAAGAAGACAAUGGAAAAGGAUGUUGAUGAAGUUGGAAGUAUUGCCCGUUUCAUAAAGGGGAAACUCGAGGAGUUGGAUAGAGAGAACUUGGCAAAUAGACAAAAACCUGGAUGUGCAAAAGGAUCUGGUGUGGAUCGAUCAAGAACAGCAACGACACUUUCCUUAAAGAAGAAGUUGAAAGACAAGAUGGCCGAGUUUCAGGUUCUACGCGAAAACAUUCAACAAGAGUAUCGCGAUGUUGUUGAUAGGCGCAUUUAUACCGUAACUGGGGAGCGGGCGGAUGAAGAUACUAUUGAUGAAUUGAUUGAAACUGGAAACAGUGAACAGAUCUUCCGGAAAGCGAUUCAGGAGCAAGGAAGAGGACAGGUAAUGGACACCUUGGCGGAAAUCCAAGAACGUCAUGAUGCUGUCAGAGACUUGGAAAAGAAACUUCUUGACUUGCAACAAAUAUUCUUGGAUAUGGCAGUUUUGGUUGAUGCACAAGGAGAAAUGCUUGACAAUAUAGAAUCUCAGGUGUCAAGUGCAGUAGAUCACGUGCAAUCGGGAAAUACGGCUCUUCAAAGAGCAAAGAGCUUGCAGAAGAACUCAAGAAAAUGGAUGUGUAUUGCAAUUAUCAUCCUCCUCAUUGUGGUUGCAGUGAUCGUUGUUGGUGUUCUCAAGCCUUGGAAAAACAAGAGUGCUUGAGGAAACAAAGAAUGUACAAAAAAAAUAUCAAAUCCUUAUUCACGGCUUUGAGUGAGAGUGUUUUGUUCAUGAUGUGUGUUUUUUUUUACCAAGAAACGAACAAACCAAAAUUCUAUAUUCUUUUAAUUGGAUCAAACAAACCAAUUCUCUUUUGAAAGGAGGCUCUUCUGAUUAUUUCAAUUUC